UUUGGGAGCUUUCAAAGACUUGCCGUGCUGUUAAGAAUCUGUGCCCAAAGCUGAGGAGCGAAGCCACUUGCCAAAAUGUGCAAAGGACUUGCAGCUUUGCCCCACUCAUGCCUGGAAAGGGCCAAGGAGAUUAAGAUCAAGUUGGGAAUUCUCCUCCAGAAGCCAGACUCAGCUGUUGACCUUGUCAUUCCAUAUAAUGAGAAGCCAGAGAAACCAGCCAAGACCCAGAAACCCUUGCUGAACGAGGCCCUGCAGUGGCGUGAUUCCCUGGACAAGCUCCUGCAGAACAACUAUGGACUUGCCAGCUUCAAAAAUUUCCUGAAGUCUGAGUUCAGUGAGGAAAACCUUGAGUUCUGGAUUGCCUGUGAGGAUUACAAGAAGAUCAAGUCCCCUGAGAAGAUGGCUGAGAAGGCAAAAGAAAUUUAUGAAGAAUUCAUCCAAACUGAAGCUCCUAAAGAGGUGAAUAUUGACCACUUCACGAAGGACAUCACGCUGAAGAACCUGGUGCAGCCUUCUCUGAGCAGCUUUGACGUGGCCCAGAAAAGAAUCCAUGCCCUAAUGGAAAAGGAUUCGCUGCCUCGCUUUGUGCGCUCUGAGUUUUAUCAGGAGUUGAUCAAUUAGCAAUUUAGUCAAGCUCUGAAAAUUAUCCUGUGUGUUAUUCUUCAAUAGUAACCCUGCAUUUUCAAGUAACCUCCAUAUCUUCCCAUAACAGCUUUGCUCAAAGAUACUCAAACAGGGAAAAUCCCAGGAAGCAUUACAUACUCAUUUUGUACACAUUGUUUUAAAUGGUUGCCUAUUGUCUGAAUGCUUUCCUUCCCCAGUGCCUUCCUGCUCCAUUCUUAAUCAGGCUUGUUGUUUUCAGAAUCAUAAAUCAAGGAAAUAUAAGACAAGAAUAUGAUAUUAUUUAGUAGGGGCCAAUUUGGCUUGGGUAAUGGAUCUCCACCUAAUUUGGUCUGGAAAAAGUAAAUGGAUGUGGAAAGACCAAUUUUAAGGAAGCUUGUUUCUUCAAUUCUGAUGGGGGAAAUGGAAAUCAUCUCUAAUUUUUUUUGGACUUGGUUGGUAAAAGAUUUGACUUUUUAAUAAAAUACAUUAUUUAAAGUAUUGAUGUUCCCCUCAGAGUAACUUCAUGUCAGCUAGAGGUUAUAAAUAGGAGAUAGGACCACAAAUAUGCUGUGCUUAUACGAAAUCAAUCUGAACACAGUUUAUAUUGAUUGUAUCUCCCUUAUCCCUCACAAGUUUACCAAAUUAAAUCAGUUAAAUCAAUGACCUAAUUUUAACAAUGGGCUCUUUUAUAAAUAUAUCUACAUCUAGGAUCUAGGCCCCGUGUUUCCAUUUUCAAAUUAUUUUGAAUCCUUGUGAGUAUAAAAGUCCCAAAUUUCUAACUUCAAUUACAUAAAAUAAAACUCUUGCUGCCCAAAGGUCAUGGACGCUCCAUAGACACAACCAAACUCCAUGAGGGACCGAAUUGCUGGGCUGGGGGCUGUGAGGACCACGGUCUUGGGAAACAUGUAGCUCAAUUGGCAUAACAGUUUAUAAAGAAAAUGUUCUACAUUCUACAUUGGUGAAUAGCAUCUGGGGUCUUAUAAGAUACUCCACUGAUCUCACCUCUUUGGGAGCAAAAGAGAAUGAAGAAAACUAAAGACACAAGGGAAAAAUUAGUCCAAGGAAUAAUGGACCACAACUACCAUGGCCUCCACUAGUCUGAGUCCAGAACAACUAGAUGGUGCCCAGCUACCACCAGUGACUGCUCUGACAAGGAUCACAAUAGAGGGUCCUGGACAGAGCUGGAGAAAAAUGUAGACCAAAAUUCUAACUCACAAAAAAAAGACCAUACUUAAUUGGCCUGACAAAGACUGGAGAAACCCCAAGGGUGUGGCCCCCAGACACACUGUUAGCUCCGUAAUGAAGUCACUCCUGAGGUUCACCCUUCAGCCAAAGAUUAGACAGACCCGUAAAACGAAAUGAGACUAAAGGGGCACACCAGCCCAAGGGCAAGGACUAGAAGGCAGGAGGGGACAGGAAAGCUGGAAAUAGGGACCCUAAGAUCGAGAAGGGAGAGUGUUUACAUGUCGUGGGUUGUUAACCAAUGUCAUAAAACAAUAUGUGUACUGUUUAAUAAGAAGCUAGUUCUGUAAAUCUUCAUUUAAAGCACAAUUAAAAAAAAAAAAUAACACUUGCUGCCCAUGGCAAUGGGUUCCCACCUCGAUGUCGAGAAGGCUGUAUGCUAAAUUGGAAAAUAUAAUGCUAAGCCUAAAAUGGCUGAUUAUCCUAUGAUGCCAUCUAUUUGUUUAGUAAAAAGUUACUAUCUUCAGGAUACCAAAUUCUUUUGAAAAAUUAAUUUGACUACAUACAGAAGCUUUCUGAGUGAGACGGAAUUACCAAGUACCCUGGAUUUUGUAAAACAUUGUGGUUUCUUAACAACCCCAAUUUUCCCUCACUAUUUUGCUUCCAGUAUUAGUGAAUUGUAUUUAUAGUCAAAGGGCACAUUUAUACACCUAACAUGCCUCAUAUGCAGCUAAUUGAUAUGGCAAUUGUAUUUUUUAGCAGGUUUAAAUUUUUAAUUCUGUAUUUUAUUAUUAUAAGCCUUUAUAGUUUUUUUUUCCCCUUCUCUUUAGUAGAUUUGAAGAGUCAAUGAUUUGCAUAAUUUAGUAACAAAGAGAAUAAAACUAAACCGUGUAUGGGGGAUAAUCAAGACGAGGAUGUUGAGUUGCUUCAAAAGUAAGAGACUAUUUUUAAAAGGGUAAAUAAAAUUCUGAAAUGCUUAAGUAGAAGGGUACAUUUUUUAGUCUUAUAAUCCUCCCUUUGUUUUCCGUUUCAUUCACACAUUCCUAGUUUCACAUAUUUAGAGCUCUUUCAUUCAGCAGUUUCUUAAGGUUAUUGAACAUGGGUAACUAUAUCACUGUAUUCUUUAAGUAAACACUGAAGGUGUUUGUUGAGUUUUCCCUAUUUUGGUUAUUUCAAAGGACAAUAUGCCUUUCCUGAAUACUUGCCAUUUCAUGUUCUGUAAAUGGGUUGCAGUGAUUGGCUCUCCUGCCAACAAUUGCUAACGUGGUGUGAAUUAAUUCAUAUUUGUCAAUAUUGCCCACUCAAAGAAACCCUUCAUCAAUCAGAUCAAUAUCGCGAGCGUGAAGGAGACUCUCAUCCCAUACGUUUGUGUAGGAUUGACAAGCAACUCAGAUUAAAAAUUCCAGAGCAUACUUCCUGACACCACUAUCCUCAGUAUCCAUCUACCCUGCCCCAAGUCGGGAGAGAUUUGCCAGCCCUUUACUUUCCUAUGCAGCCAGAAGUUUUAAGAACUCAGGAAUGUUAGAUGAGUUAUGUUUUCUUGAAUGCCAAAACAUUUUUAAGAAACAUUCUAAUUUAGUGAAAAAUUCAAACAUAUGAUUUGAAAUAUCCAAGUUUUUUAAAAUGCACAGAGAGUUAACUUGAUAUUAUAGAUCUCACCCAGCUGGUUGAUGCUUUGGGGACUUGAGUGGACUGUUCUCAUGAGCACACCUGUGUAAGUGGGUUGAUUUGUCAGUGGAAGAUAAGAAGAGCCUUCACCUUCUCAUAAGCUGAACUCAGGAGGUGGAGGGCAAGAGAGGGUACCAAAAGGGUAGUGCUGUGAAGGCUACAAAAAGAAUGCCUUCCAGUCAAAGAACAUUAACUGUACGUAUAUAUACACAUGUAUAUUUGAAAGUCUUCUAACAUAUGAAAUGAUAAAGUUAAAAAACACAAAAACUCCAGUCCCAAAUGAGGAAACAAACAUUAAGUAUUAAAAUUGCCUUAGAAAAUUUAUUUGAAAGCUUUAAAAAAAAAUUAGGAAAAAAAGAAACUCAUGGGACUGUUAGUUUCCAUGGUAACAAAGAAAAUACAUUCUUUUCAUGCUGAGAAAUUAGAAAAAUUGCGAUGAUCUUUCCAGGAAAGAAAAAAAGAAAAAUGUGAAGUGUCUAUUUAUCACUCUCUUGCCUUCCUCCCCCUCCUCCCUACUUUCCCCAGAGUGAAUUGUCUGGGAAAAUAUGAGGCUUAAUAGGAGCCCUGCGGUGCUUGCAUUUUCCUUUCUUGUGAAGAUGUAACUACAGUUGUAAGUGGAGUUGGGAUAUGGAGAGGUGGUGGAACCAAAUUGUGGUCAAUGGGAGCAGGAGUAGAUGCUUCUCAUUCUUGAGAGAAACAUAAGAUUUGCCCAGGAAAUGACCCACAACCUAGACUUCUCUGUCUGCUUAAUCUGAGUUGGAGUCAUACUAAGAGCUGAAUUGGACCAGGACAAAGAGAUAUAUUAUUGACUUUAUAGUAAGUUAGGGGGCUAUAUUCUAUGUUUAUCUGCUAAAGCAGUGCUUGUUGGUGUGGACAACCCUGUGCCUGCCCCUUACACACACACACACACACACACUUUUCUCUCUCCAGAUAGACACAUUCUGAAAUACAUCAGUUACAGGGACAUUUCAGUAAUUUUGCCUUCAAAUCAGUAGUCAAGUGUAUAGAAAUAUUUUGUGCCCCAUGCCCUAUAUCUCUGGAUUCCAAUUCUCUGCUGUAUAAAUUAUGCUUUAAGUGAUUUCAGCCUUUAGCAGAUAGAGAGAGGAACUUGGUGAAAGAAUUUUUCAACCUUUACCAAGCAAUGGAUUUCACUGGAUCGAUGUGUUCUCUGUACACGCCAUUUUGAUAGGAUGGCACUAUUAUUUCCCAAAGAGUAAUAGGUGUCCAAAAAUUUCAUUAAAUACUUGAUCAUUAACAAUUCAGUUAAUAAACUGAUAGGUGUUACUUGCCAGGACUUUGCAGAAUUAUCAGUUUCCUCAAAAAUUUGACAAUUUGAGAAUCAUUUAAAAGGCUGAUUACAUUUCAUGGAAGUGAUUUUUAUCCCUGAAAUCACUCACUCUGGUGAUUUUUCCCUUGUUUCCUAGGAAUUUAGCAGGUUUAGGAGACAAUGGAAUCAAGAGAAGAAAGGGGAAGAAGGAGAGAAGGAAUGUGGGAGUGAAUUAAGUGCUCAGAACCCAUUAAUUAAACCCAUUGGUAAAGAAACUUUUAAGAGCAGCUCAAAGUUAUUGAAAAUCCAAUUUACUUCUUGCUCUCAUCUUCCAGAUUUGCAGGAAAGAAUUUUUUGACUCAUCAUGAAGCUAUAUGAGAAACUUCACUUUAACACUCUAGAGAGUAUUGACUAGAGAAAAAAAACAAAUAUGGGGAAUCUGCUUUCCCCGUUUGGCUUGCAGGUACCAAAAAGUAGAGAGUGGAGAACUCAUUUUCCAACAUCCAAGCAUCCAAACCCAAGGGCCAGGCAGCUCUAUGCAGGUUCUGGACUGAGAUCUUGGUGCAUCUCAGUAUAUUCUGUCUGAAUUGUCAUUAGACUUCUCUGAUUUUCUAGGCUUUCCAUUGUAUUAUGCAAAAUGUACAUUUGACACUUGCUUUGCCCAAGACUCUUUAGUUAAUGAUUUAGCUGCUGCUGCUUAAGUCAAACACACUUUUCACUCAAAUAGGUGAUGUGGCAGAACAGAGCAAUAGAUAUCCAAAGAAAGAGUCUCCCCAGCAUCAGUAAACCAUCCUGAAACUGAAAAGAUCAACUCUUCCAAAUGUGGAGACAUUUGUGGCUUUGAACAGAAAGUCAUAGCAUAAAGUUGCAGGCCAAAAAUUUUAGGAGCAUUUAAUAAUAAUCAUCUUUUUUUUUUUUCUAGUAGAGAUACUGCAAAUCAACUUCUCAACACAUAUGUGCAGUCUCUUGCAAGUUACUUGUCCUCUCACUUGAUAUAGUCCUCCUUCUCACCCCAGCCCCAUACUCCUUUUGUCCUCUCCCCCAGAAGAGGAGAUAUUUAAGAGUUGGGAAUAACCACAAUUACUUGAUAAUGAAUAGAUUAAAAACAUUUAACUUCCUAUCUAGGAAAAUGUAGAUGCUAAGACUUCGUGAGCAUAGGCGAAAUGAAGGGAAAUGAUGAAAAAUUUGCCUUUGGAGACAAGUUAUCUGGAUAACUUCUGCCAAAAGUUUUUUCUUCUGUCAUACACUACCAGGAUAUGGGAGAACUGAAUUAUAAUUCUCAACUCUUCUUCAGGUGAUACAGCCCAGAGAAUGGAAUAAAAAUGAAAGGUUUGGAAGUUCAUUUGUCAGCACUAUCUCGUAAGCUUUUCAUUCAGGAACUGUAUUUAUCUUCUGGAUUUGUAUCCAAUACUUUAUGUACUAUGUGAAUCAUACUUCUUGAUAAGUAAAGCACCAAAUAUGUAUCUGUAACCAUGAUCACAUACAAUAUAUUAAAUAUAUAUCUACAUAACAG